AUGGCAGACAACCCACCCAGACAUUCAGAUGGCUACUCCCAAUCCAAACGUCGACCAGGUAAAAAAUUCAAACAAAUUUCAUGGCUGAUUCUUGCUCAGAUAUGUAUAGAAGUGUUCACUGUGUGUUGUGGAAGUCGAAUUUUGCAAAAGUAAGAAAAUGUGACGAUUUACCAUGCUGCUAAACUUGAUGUACACAUAUGUGGACAGAGGAACUUAGUUUUGUUGGUUUUGUUGAACAUGUCCACAAAUGUGGACAGAGGGAGUUGGUUUCAAAUUUGUAUUUUGGGAUAAAUUUGUUAGAAAACAGUCGUUUUAUACAGUACAAACAGAUAUGGCAUGUUUUAUAAAGAAAUCUAUGUAGAUUUAUUUUGGUUUGAAACAAUGGUUUUUUUUUCUAGAGUGUUAUUCUCUGGAAAAAGCGAUGGAAAUGCUGGGGUUAAUGGUGGAGACAACUCAGAGGUGGAAGAUUUAUCAGACAUCGAUGAUCCUGUGGGAGAUGCUGAAUAUCAACCUCCACCAAGCAGCAGUGAGGAAGACAGUAGUGGGUGUGAGGACCCCAUUCCACAGCCCUGUCAGCCUAUCAGGGGACGUGAACAUUUCCAUGAUGAAUAUGAAGGAUAUCGGUCAAAUCGUGACAAUGCCAGAUCACGCACCCCCAGGCGUCGCUCUCAGACACAGCAGAAUGAGGCUGAUGUCUCAGACAAUGUUUCUGAAGAUACAUCACUAGGACCCAGCCCUAUAGAAUGGUCCAAUAAAGGGCGUGGAGGGUUCUUCACUUACACCAGAUCAAGCCCAGCUUGA